AACCGGAAGUAGCCGGGCCCUCGGCAGAGGGACCCGGCAGAGCGGAAGUCACUCCGUGAGGCAGUGGCGACAGCGGCGGCGAGAGGAUGAACAACAAGUUCGACGCCUUGAAAGAUGAUGACAGUGGGGACCACGAUCAGAAUGAAGAAAACAGCACACAGAAAGAUGGUGAGAAGGAAAAAACGGAACGAGACAAGAGUCAGAGCAGCAGCAAAAGGAAGGCUGUUGUCCCUGGGCCAGCAGAACAUCCCCUACAGUACAACUACACUUUCUGGUAUUCCAGGAGGACCCCGGGCCGUCCCACCAGCUCACAGAGCUAUGAACAGAAUAUCAAACAGAUUGGUACUUUUGCCUCUGUGGAGCAGUUCUGGAGGUUUUAUAGCCACAUGGUACGCCCCGGGGACCUGACAGGCCACAGUGACUUCCAUCUCUUCAAAGAAGGAAUUAAACCUAUGUGGGAGGAUGAUGCGAAUAAAAAUGGUGGCAAGUGGAUCAUUCGGCUGCGGAAGGGCUUGGCCUCCCGUUGCUGGGAAAAUCUGAUCCUGGCCAUGCUGGGCGAGCAGUUCAUGGUGGGGGAGGAGAUCUGUGGGGCUGUGGUCUCUGUCCGCUUUCAGGAGGACAUUAUUUCCAUAUGGAAUAAGACUGCCAGCGACCAAGCAACCACAGCCCGAAUCCGGGAUACACUUCGGCGUGUGCUUAACCUACCUCCCAACACCAUUAUGGAAUACAAAACUCACACCGACAGCAUCAAGGCCUGGGAGGAGUUUCAUGGCCUGGUGAACAGCAGCGGCCGCUGAUCGGACGCUCCCCCUCUGUCUCUCACACUCAGGGGACAAUUCAAGCUUUCGAAAUACAAAAAUCACAUUGUGAAAGUACACAAGCUGGCAAUAAUCCUUUUUGUAUGUGUGUGUCCGAAAUGAAUGGGAGGCUCCACCAGUCCUUCCAUCUGCUCACUGACAUGACGUCCCUGAGCCGUGUGCUCCCCUUUUGCACUCAUUCCUGGAGGAUGGAUUCCGCUACACACCCUCCAGCAUCCCUGACUUUACAAAAUGGAAAAUGGAAAACGUGACUGUAGAUAAACAUUGUUUUUUAAUGGGCUUCUGUGGGGGGUGGGGAGUGCAGCCUUUCGUCUCACUGUGUACUGUCCAGAUGCUUCUCGGCAUCCUGUUGUGCAGAGGGCACCGUGACCUCGUAUCCAUGCCAGGCUGUGGGCCAGCGUUAUCAGUAUUAUGAAUGCCUGCACAUUCAGGAACAGCCUCUGUGAGAGUCCCGGGAUAACCACACGCCUCUUCCAGCUCUGCCGCUAAGUUAUUGGGACCAUUUUGUUUCUCCCCCAAGUCCACCACUCUGCAAAUGCAUUACUGAUGUGAUGGAUGCCCAGGAUUUUGUGUCCUCUCUGCCUUAUGCCCUCCAGGUUCCCUCCUGUGGGACUCUCCUUUGCACUGCUGCACUUAGAAUUGUGAUCUGUGGGAAAUGCUGGUUCCACUGAGGCGGCCUACAGGAUCUGCCCUGGCCACUUAAGCUGUAGCAGAACCCAGUUCAGUUGGGAGCUAGAUUCCAAUAUAGAUCCCAAGUAUAGGAUUUGUUACUGAGGACAGUGACUGAAACCAGUUUUCCAUAUAAGCAGGGACUGUGUGCCAGUCCUGUUUCUGAGAGUUCUUGCAUGCCACUCCUUGAGGAAGGGAAGUGAUCACUGCUUAUUGCCAGGUAUUAACAGUGUAUAGAUUCUAUGGUCCUGAAACUGGGACAUCUGAAGAAAAGGUGAUCUGCUGGAUGGCUUUAUUUGUAUGGGUGUGCUUGUCUACUUUGAUUCCUCAUAACUUGGUAUGUAUGUUAGCAAACACAUGUUGAUCCGUAAUGCCCAGGAAGAGACCUCUAGAAGACUACUGCAGACAUGCUUUCAAAAUGACAGUCCCUAUCGGAGAAGCUGGGUGACCUGACUCCAGAAGGACUGAGGUUAGAGAGGUUAAAAGAGAACCUAGAAUUCUUGGAAAUAAUGAGCAAGAGUCCUCCAGCAGCCUCCAAGUAGCACUGCCGUACUUGGCUCUUGUGAGCAGAGAUCACAGUACCUUAAAUUAAGGCCUCUUUUUAAAACAUAUCCUCGAAGCCUGGGGAUCGUUGACCACUUGAUCUCAAAGGAAUUGUAUGAGAGUAAAGGCAUCCCCUUGUUGUGUUUAUAUUCCUCUAUUCCGACUUCCCAACUCCUGAAUCCUGCAAGUCACCACUGUUCAGGGAUGCUUUUUCCUGAAGGAGCAGGGAAUACAGGGGCCAGAGGGAGGUACUUCUGUUACAAGGGAAGCUAGCUCAGAGAAGAUCCAGCAGUGAUUAACUUCAGGAGUAUAAAGAAGGUAUUCUGGUAUGCAGAUGGUUGUGAAAGGCUCAGGCAAAAACAGGAGCAACAUUGACUGCCACAGGGGCACAAGCUGCCUCCAGAGAUUUGAGUAGACCCCAGGAGGCCUUCACGGUUGCCUAAACGCAUAUUGCCAUGCAUAUUCCAAAGAGAGCAGACAUUUGGAUUUGACUGCCUUUGGACAUCUACCUGACUAACGUGUGUGCGUGUGGGCACCUGUGCAUAUGUGUACAGUAUGUUGAUGAGUGAGGGUUGUGUCAGGCCUAGAAGUUAGGUGUAUUCACCUCUUUAUUAUUUUUUUAUAUUGUUUGUUCAGAUUUUUUUAAUCUCUUUCAUUUUCUAGAGCUGCUCGUGUUUCCCCUUCCUCUUGGUCAUUGUAGUAUUAAGAGUUAUUUUUUUUCCCAUCAAAAAUAUGCUGACCCUGUGUCAGUUAGAACAAGAAGUUAUUUCUGUUAGACAGCAUCUUACCCCAGUAUUCUCCCAGAUAUUCUGCCUAACAGUUGUAGGUGGGAGAUUGAAUAAUUAAUUUAUCUAAACCACCCAUUUUUCUUUUCUUUUGUUUUUUUAACUAGCCUUACAGGUCUCUCCAUUUAUCUUGACUCCACGGGCCUCUGAUAGGCCAAAGUGUGACACGGUUAUGGUUACAAUAUCACCUGCUUUAAAGACAGAAGGAACAAAGGUCCACUAGGACCAGUGUGACCAGGGUGUUAGAUUGCUGCUAGAGAAGAGGGAGUCACGUCAGGGUGUUCUCCCUGAGCCAUUACUGGGUUUUGUAUAUGAGAUUGUCCCCUACUCCUCUCUAGUGCCCUUCUCUUUUUAUCCUUCUGUAUGUGUGUGCAUGUCUGCAUAUGUGUGUGUGUGUGUGUGUGUGUGUGUGUGUGUGUUUUCCCUGGCAGUGGCAAUAAUUUUCCACCGGAGAGAAGCUUGUGGUCCACAGUGCUCCAAAAAUGAAUUUCCAAGUAUUUGCCAGUGGGGAAGAAGCAGAGGCGUGACAAGUGAUACAGUGUUGCACUUUCAGAGCAAUUGUCUACUGCAGUAAUAAAUGGAAAAUAUCAGUAAGAACCAGGUUGUAGACUUGUUAAUACAAGGGAAGUAAGGACACUGAUGGGCUUUGGUAUUAAUUCUGCCCUUCAGUGUAUGAGUCUCCAUUUUAAACACAUUCCAGAACAAAAUAUAUGGGGUAAGCCAGACAACGCCAAAAGCGUGACAUAGAUUUAUUACGAAAAUAUUCUCUGUUCUUCCAUAAUACAAUUUACAUUUUUUUAAUGGGACUGAGGUUUGAGCUCGGAGCUUCACACUUGCAAAGUUGGUGUUUUACCACUUGAGUCACAACUUCAGUCCAUUUUGCUCUGGUUGUUUUGGAGAUGGGGGGUCUCGUGAACUAUUUGCUGGGACCAGCCUUGAACCAUGAUCCAAUGGUGCCUGGCUUCAGUUUACAUAACGUUCUUUAACUGGGAGUAAAGAAUAUUGAAAUAGAAGGAAAUUCAAAGAAUUAGUUUUUUGUUAGUUUAUUUGUUUUCAUGGUACCAGGGUUGAACUCAGUCAGGGCUGCUCUACCACUUGAGCCACAUGCCCAGUCCUUUUUUGUUUUGUUUUGUUAGUGUUUUUUCAGCUAGGGUCUCAGUUUUCUGGAGUAAGAUCCUCCUUUUUGCUUGCUUGUACUUGGAAUUAUAGGCACCACCACUCCUGACUAGAUUUUUUUUUGAGACAGAGUCUCACUGUGUACCCCAGGCUGGCUUGAAGUUAUGAUGUCCUUGCCUCAACCUC